GUUCUUUACCUAUCUUGUGAAGCCUUCUACCAUCGAAAAUCUAUGGUCGUGUGUUCAGUUUUGACCUUCCUUCAUUUCCUUUGCGAGUACAUAAUGGCCAACACGAAGGAACGCACCUUUAUCAUGAUUAAACCCGAUGGAGUCCAACGUGGACUCGUUGGGAAAAUCAUUCAACGUUUUGAAGAAAAGGGCUUCAAGUUAGUUGCCCUUAAUAUGGUUUGGCCUUCUGAAGAAUUAUUACAAAAACAUUAUGCUGAUUUAUCCGCUAAACCAUUUUUCCCUGGUCUUGUUAAAUACAUGAGUUCUGGACCAGUAGUACCUAUGGUAUGGGAAGGUUUAAAUGCAGUCAAAACUGGACGAGUAAUGCUCGGUGAAACGGAUCCCAAAAAUUCUGCACCAGGCACCAUUCGUGGUGACUUUUGUCUACAAGUUGGUCGUAAUAUUAUUCAUGGUUCUGAUUCGGUUGAAUCUGCCGAAAAAGAAAUCAAAUUGUGGUUCGGUGAAAAGGAAAAAUCUAGUGGCCUUACGGAUUGGUCAUCGUGGGCUGAAAAAUGGAUUUAUGAAUAAAACAAAGUAAAACAGCCAGAAGGUAACAUUUAUUACACACUGCCGUUAUUAAAGAAAAAAAAAAAAAGAAAUUGUGUAUGCUGCAAUUCCAUAAAGAAAUCUUCUAAGCCAGAACGAGAAAA